UCGUCGAUCGGAUCGACGACGCGUCCGCUUCUCCACCGUUUAUCGCGACUCGAGUAUCGACGAACGAGUUCCUCGCGCAUCUAUACGCGGUAAUAAUAUGGAUCUGCCUCGGGAUCUGUAACGCUCUUUCGCGAGAGAAAAAAAAGAGUAAACGGCGGAUUGAUUUUCGACGAGUGGAGGAACUUCGACCCGAAUAAAUAAGAACAAGUGCGCGAGAAGAAGCUGUGUGAUAUCUGUGUGAAUCGAAAGUUGAAAGGAAGGAAGAAGGGAUCGAUCAUCGCAAUUAUUAAAUAUCGAAUUAAUAACGAACGGAGUGUAGUAGCAAGGGGACGAGCGAUAGAAUAGGAUAGCGCGUCCCGUCCAUCGCGCGAUGUGAGCUAAUUGGCCGAUUGAAUCCUCUUCUCUCUCUCUCUCUCUCCCUCUCUUCCCCCGCGCUUCCCUCCUCGCGAAGAGCGCGCGCGUCAAGGACACUGGGCCGGUGGUGGUCCGCGGGCCAGCAGGUGGCGGCUACCGCACAAUUGAUGCAUUCGCCUCGACGCGACGAGGAUGAUGAUGAUGGACAUGGGCAUGUACGGAACUUACGGCAAGCCUGACUCGUAUCCCAACUACGUUUGCACGGGUCAAGGGAAUCAUCAUCACCAUCAUCAUCAUCACCAUCACCACCAAACCACCGCCGGGGGACACGUGUCCGUCUCGGCCUCGCCCGACCUGGCCCCGACCCACUACUUCCCCCAAUCGGCGGUCUCCCCUUACUCCUCCUCCUCCUCGGAGAGUUUCCUCGCCGCGGAAUCCGCCACGUCCUCCGGCACCCCGCCCCAGCAAACCUUCUACUCCCCGUCGGCCGUGUUGCACGAGGACGGAUCAACAACGGCGAUCAUCUCGUCCGAGAACGGGCUGAGUUACACGAAUUUGGACUACACGGCCACCGCCCCCUCCUCCUCCUCCUCGACCCCCUCGUACGGCGCUGGAAAUGGAUCGGGGCACAAUCCUGGAUCGCUCGAUCCUCACCACCAAGGCUACCACCACCACCACCACCACCACCACCUCCAGCAAACGGGGUACAGGGAUCACCACCACCACCACCAUCAUCAUCAUCACGACCCCCAACAAUCGGCGGGGAACGGUGUUCAGGGCGCCUCGAUGAUGACCCACCCCGCGAGGACGGCCGAGCACGAGAACAACCACCACCACCACCACCAGUUGCACCACCACCACCACCAGUCAUCUUCUAGUCAUCACCAUCACCAUCACAACGAGGCCAACGAGUACCAACAGCUUCCGGCCUCCAAUUAUAUUCACCAGAUACCAACGGCGUCCGAGGAUUCGUUGCACUAUCACUCGCAGAUACGUCAGAACGAAUAUAACGUGGGGGGGCAUUACAAGGAGGAGAGUCAAUCGGAUCCCUCGUGUUAUCACGCGCUCCAGCAAGCGUCAGCGGGCCAGCAUCCGCAGCAUCUUCAGCACGGCCAUCAUCAUCAUCAGCAGCAACAGCAGCAGCAUCCGCACCAUCCUCAAUCGCAGCAACAGCAGCAGCAGCAACAGCAACCGCACGUACCUACGUACAAGUGGAUGCAAGUGAAGAGAAACGUGCCCAAGCCAGUCGCAGCAAAGACAAAUCCAAAUGUUGGAGAAUAUGGCGGCAGCACUGGUGGGAAUGCGUCUCCGUACGCCACCACGGCGAACGGUCCAGUGAACUGUCUUACCGGUGGACCUAUGGCCGGUAUUGCAGGUAGUUUCAACAAUACCGGCCGAACCAACUUCACGAACAAGCAACUUACAGAACUCGAAAAAGAAUUCCAUUUCAACAAGUACCUGACUAGAGCGAGACGUAUUGAAAUCGCGUCAGCAUUGCAACUAAACGAAACACAAGUGAAAAUUUGGUUCCAAAACAGAAGAAUGAAACAGAAGAAGAGAAUGAAGGAAGGCUUAAUACCAGCUGAGAGUACGACUAUAAGCUCACUCAGUGGCGCCAGAAGUUCAAGUAAUUCGCCAACUAGUUCUUCGAGUCAUGAAACCAGUGGACUCGGUUUAUCUAGUUUUACAAGCGAUAACAGUCGGGAAUCGCCACCUUCUUCCUCAAAAGAUUGACGCGUUUCUUGCUGCAGCAACGAACGUUUAUAUAGCCUACGACUUAACGAUGAUUGGUGAAAACUAAAAGAAUAAAAAAUGUUAUUUUAAAUCGCGUGAUUUGAAUUUACAUUGACUUGAAUUUUCUUGCUGCAGCAGCAAUAGUAAUUAUAGUAUUUCCAAUUUUACUAGAACGAAAUCAUUAUAAUAAUAUAUAAUAGUCUUUUGGCGAUCUUGAAAAUUAUCAAAAUUAAUCGAACAUAGAUUAGAAAUUGAACGAUGUAUGUACUACUUAUGUGAAUUAUUUAUUUUUGAUUGAGUUAUAUACUGUAAAAACAGUGUGAACAGAAUUCCCGAAAGGUUACCAUAUACCUCAGUUUGUGUAAAUGGUAUAACAAUAUUUAUAUAUAAUUAUAAAUACCAAUGAUAUUGAUCACGGCAUAUUAAAAAAAAAAAAAAAAAAAAUUACGAAGCUAUUUUUCUUCUCUAGAUGCUUAUGAUUAAUGGCAUCUAGAAAAUAGUCUUUUUUUUGAUGAGAACAAUUAUUGUUUGAUGUUAUCAUCCUUAUAUUAAAAUUAUUUUAAAUAUUUUUUAUUCAUUUGUUCUUAUUUUAUCUAUUAUUAAAUUUUAGCACUAAUUAAUUUUCAUACCAAUAUGAAUUGCUAUAAAAAUUUACAUUUUCAAAGAAAGAAUUAAAUUUUGAUAAAAAUAAAAAUCUUCGUAAGCGUAUUAUUAUUGUAUUAUAUAAUAGAUUAUAAUUUAUUUAUAAUGAUAACAUAAGAACAAUAGUUGUGCUCCCAAUUUGAAUAUCUUCUGUAUGUAUAUGUACAUAAAAUCUAAUGCAAAUCUUGUACGAAUGUCAAUGCACAUCACUAUACAAUAAAAUAUCAUUAAAGUAAACAAUUAUACAAUAAGAAAAAAAUAUCAUUGUAGAAACUUUAAAUUUAUCGAAAUGUAUAAAAUAAAUAAAAAAAUAAUGAACUGUAUGAUG